UUCUUGUCUUACUUCUUCCUUUCUUUUUAAGCAUAAUACGCAAACGACGUUAUGGAUGAGGCGGAAGACAUUCCUUGCCCGUGUACACUCAGAAUUGCAGUUGUUGGUGGGCCUCAGUAUAAUCGACUCUACCAGAGGCUUGCAUUAUUUGAGAAGGAAACUGGAAAUAAAGUCGAGAUUGUUUUCCGUGGGUCCCAUCCAGAAUUGAAUGACUUUUUGGCAUCAACAUUUAAUUCGACCAUUUCACCUUCAGAAAUAUCAAAGGUACAAUUGGACUUGAUAUCGACCCAUAUCAAGUACGCACCUUCACAAGUUCAUUUCUUACAGGAACUGGGACUGGAUUUGGUGUCUGAUCAACAACGAUCAGAGUUCUUGGAUUCAGCAUUGGAGGCAAGCAAGGUGCAGAACAGACUGGUACAACUUCCACGGAUGGUGGAUAGCAGAGUCUUGUUUUACCGCGCAGACGUAUUUGAGAAGCUGGGGUUGACACCGCCCAAGACAUGGCAAGAUCUGUUGAUGGCUGCCAGUGCAAUUCGUAGAGCAGAACUCCCGGUUGCGAAUUCACCGAAUGUAAGUGCGUCCGAUAGAGGGACAGGUGAGGCAUCAUCACAGAAUGAGAUGAUGGAAGGAUAUAUAUUUCCGGGGAAGCUGUCUGGAUUGUUUGGGACAUUUUAUGAGCUUGCAAUGAUGGAGAUGCAGGGUUCAGAGGCUCUGUUUGAUCGUCAGGGCCGGCCAAUUUUUGAAGAAAAUGUGGUCAUCAAUGUGCUCCGUUUUUUGCGUGAGCUUGUGGUAUCCAAUGCAGUUCCCAAGGACAUUGAGCGAUACUAUUUUGACGAGGUAUCGGCCCUGUUUGCAGAGGGCAAGGUGGCUAUGGUGGCAGAUUGGCCGUCAUUCUAUGGUGAGAUGAAGAGGACGCUGAAAGAGAAGCAGCCCGAAGCCAAAAUCAAAGUGAUGCGCUAUCCAGUCGGGGCCAAUGGCAAGCGAGUAGCUUAUUCGGGGAUGCACUCGUUUGCCAUCCCAACUAGCUGCCGCCAUGGUCCACAAGCGACAAAGCUUCUUCAUUUUUUGGUACGGGAUGAUCAACAGUGGAUUGAAGCUUCAGAAUCUGGUAGCUUUCCAACAAAGAGGGCAGUUCUACAACGCUUAGUGGAGAAGACAGAGGAGAAAAGGAGGUUAGAGGGAUCGGAGGCAGAGCUGGAUAGUGAGCGACUGGAGUGUUUGAAGAUGACGGUGGAAAAGGAUAUGGCCAUGUUUCCUCACCUGAAGACGUAUCCAGAGCUAGAGGAAGCACUCUAUCCCGUGAUCCAGGGCGCAAUGAUGGGACGAGUAACGUGCCAAGAGGCGGCGCAACAGAUGAAAGCCAUUGCGAUUGCGCUUGGAUCUGUUUACGAACAGUGCGCGUAAUAGAGUAGAAUACCACAUGUAUAUUUAAUACAUCUGCAGUAAACAAAGUA